AAAAGUGAUACGUCAUAUUGUAUAAAUUUUUCAUGUGGUUUCACGGGAUUGGUGGAGUAUGUUUGUUACGUUUGUCAAAAGGGGCAGUAUGUUUGAUUCUUAGAAAUAUGCGUUUACUUCAAAUGAAGAAGUAUGAUAGCGUUAUUAAUUAAUAAUUUAUGAAUGUAAAGCCUAUUUUGCGUUCAAUCAUGAAAUAAGCUGAUUUCGAACGUUCACGUGAGGUAGGGUGCAGGGUACAGAGGUACAAGUGAAGUUUAAGUUUAACAGAAAGUAUUCUAUUGUUGAAUUUGUAUAACUAUCAUGAGACCUGUACAGAGAAGACAACAGGGCUUUCAAUAUGGCAUUUAUUUGUUAUGUAUGCAAGCAUUAAAUUUUGGCAUUGAUAAAAUUCCACCAGCCACUUUGGCUGCAAUCAUUGGUCAAGUUCUUCUGUAUAUUGGUGUGCUAAAAGUUCCUUGGAACGCGGAAGAAGUAUGCAUAUCUGCAUUAAAAGUAUUUAAGCAUCAUAAUUGGAAAUCUUUUGUAGUAUCAAGUUUUGAGCAUGGUUCUGAUAUGCAUUUGUAUUACAAUAUGGUAUCUUUGAUUUUAAAAGGCUCAUACUUAGAACCUAUGUAUGGAACAAUGAACUUCACUUUUUUAUUGGGUAUUCUUACACUUGGAUGUAGUGCCAUGUAUGCAUUCUUAGCCUAUGCUUUGACGCAAUUAACUGGGGAUUAUUCAUAUUAUACUCAAUGUGCUAUCGGAUUCUCUGCUGUUUUAUUCGCAUUGAAAGUAAUUGUAAUUUGCGAAGAACAGGAUCGAAUUCAUGAUGUUGGUGGUUUUAGAGUUCCUAGUAAGAUUGCUGUUUGGGUGGAACUAAUUUUAAUUCAUCUUUUGGUACCACAAUCUUCACUUAUUGGACAUCUUGGGGGUAUUUUAGUGGGUUGCUCGUACUGUUAUACAUUCAUUGGUGUAAUGAUUGAUAAUAUAGUAUACACUUUGACUGGUACUCCCAUUAUACAUGAAGAACAAUUUUACAGAAGACGCAAUUCAUUUCUCACGUAAUAUUCUAAGAAGGGAAAACACUGAAGAUGUUGUUAUUUAACAAAUGUUAAAAUAUUCUUAUUUAUUAUCAAACUAACACAUUAGCGCCUCGUUGACGCGGAUUUGCGUCACGGGCAGGGGCUCAAGCUGUAAAGAAAAAAAUUGGGCACCAUUGCGAUAAUAGAACACAGUGCUCAGUACGUACAUUAUAUUACACUAUGCCAAAAAAUUGAAGAAGCCUAUAAACAACUUCAGUACUUAGUUUAUUAUAAAUUGAAUACAAAAAAACGGAAGUACAUAUUAACAAAUUUG